AGGCACCGAUUGGAAUAAUAGAAUAAAGUGAGAUUUAAUCUCUCUUUUCCUUGCACUUGCGUGAGUUAGACUUGGAAAACACUUCCAGCCUUCCAGGUUGAUUCAAAGUUUCAGCACUUAUAUAAGACUUGAUUGAUGCGUAUGAUUCGAGUAUCUAAGAGCCCUUCCCGACGAAGCAUCCAAAAUUUCCAAAUUAUAAAAUUUAGUAUCGAAUUCUUCACUCUGGGGUUUGGAGAGAAUGGCAACUGCGAUGAAAGAGAUGCCAGCACCGCGAAAACCAGAGACAACAGGAUCAAGAAAGAAGCCAAAGCUGGAGAAAACAGAGGCAGCCCAGAUUGAAAUUGUGGACCUUGAUGCGUUUUGCUUGACACCCAUCUCUCCCAAAGGCACGUCCAAGAAAAACGCAAUCUCAGUCGAGCAGGACAGUGAAAACAGAGACAUACAGUUGGCCUCUCUCUUCAAGUCCCUCAGCAAUAAAGUAAAUUUCAUAGACCUCGAGGACGGUCAAGAGUACUACUCUGGAGAUGAUGAUGACGAUGUAAAGUUACUAAAUUUCAAACCUUUAGGUACUUCUUUUGGUAAGAGAAGAAAACCCUUUUUCAAUCCUUCAGAGUCUGAAACUGGGCAGUCUUCGAAUUCCCAAAAAUUAGAGUUUUUAUGUGAUAUAUGUGUUGAACCCAAGACUACGCAGGAUUGGUUCAGAAUUAAGGGUUGCAGCCAUGCUUAUUGUAGAGAUUGCGUGAUCAAGUAUGUUGCUUAUAAGUUGCAAGAUAAUAUUACAGGCAUCGGAUGCCCGGUCCCCGAAUGUGGAGGAUUGUUGGAGCCUGAAUAUUGUCGAUCUAUACUCCCUAAGGAGGUUUUUGAUAGGUGGGGUAAUGCAUUGUGUGAGGCUGUCAUUCUUGGUUCUCAAAAGUUCUAUUGCCCGUAUAAGGACUGCUCGGCACUAAUGAUUGAUGAUGGAAAAGAGAUUAUUAGGGAAUCUAAGUGUUUGAAUUGUAGGAGAAAAAUUUGUGCACACUGUAAGGUCAUCUGGCAUGUGGGGAUUGAAUGCGAGGAAUUUCAGAAAUUGCAUAAAGAUGAAAGGGAUAGGGAAGAUCUCAUGUUAAUGAAGCUCGCAAAGAACAGACGCUGGAAGAGGUGUCCUGCCUGCAAGUUCUUUGUUGCAAGAAACAAAGGUUGCUCGCAUAUGAAUUGCAGGUGUGGAACUGGUUUCUGUUACAAGUGUGGUGAUGUGUGGACCUGGGACCAUUAUUGUAAGAAGGGAGGAAUGAGGAUAUGAGUUUGGCCUACAUUUAUGAAAUUUGCAAAUAUGUUAAGUUAGAGCACCUGCUGUCAGAUCUACUCAGCUAGAUGUGUGAUUGAGAUUUGACAGUCAUCUAUAUUAUAGCUUUGUGAGUUUGAAAUGAUAGGGAUCUAAAGACUUUGAUUAUCAUGAUGAUGAUAGUGUGUUUCUUCCAAAGGUAAAAAAAUUAAUAUGAUAAAAAAAAUCUGGCAUGCUGAGUACUGCAUAUGCCUUUUCUUUCUCUUGUA